UGGACACGCUUUCCUAAUCGAUCCUUCUUGUCUCCACCUCCAACUUUGGUUUCCCACCCUUCGCCGUGUUUUGUCUUUUGUGGCAACGAGGGCUGCUGAAGUAGUACAUUACUCUCAACCAUGCACACUCACACACUCACACAUAGGCCUUUUGUUUGUUUAAACAAUUUAGUGUCCGUCAAAGAAGCACACGCCGUCAAUAUACUUGGUACGCCAUGGCUAUUCAAACGACUGUUCCUGAACAAGAUGUUGCCGCAUCGCCUUGCCGAUAUAUAUCUGAUACGACAGCCGCUUCCAUUCCACACCAUCAACUUAUUUUUCUGUACUUUCCUCUCCUUCUCUUCAUCCUUUCAAUGUACUUUUAUUUCUGUCUGUUUAAAUGUCAUUUGCAUAUUCCUUGUAUCGAUCUUCACAAUCUUUGUAGUCACGCAACAUAACUACAGCACUAUCACAUAGACUGACUGGCAUAGUAGUCAUGUUGUACAUAAUGUGUUCGGCCAUAAUAUACAAAAUCUCCUUCAAUUUUGUUGGUGAGAAUGGAUUCGUAACUAUUAACUUGCAUGAAGUUUUCGCCUGAUAGGGCACAUUCAC